AGCCGUGUAAUAAGCGUGAUAAUGUACAGCUAGCGGGUCAUUGUUGUGAAAGAAACCCCUUCAGGGCGAUGAGAUUCUUUCACAACAAUGACCGGCUCGCUGUACAUUAUCCCUUACUUAAUCAGCGCUUCUUAGUUUGACUGUUGGAUCGGCUUUCACGAGCUUCGUGAGCAGUGAUUGACAGCCGGCUCUGACUGGUUGUUACUCUUCUGCGUAAUCUCGCAAAUGCCGUUAGGAGCACUAAGAAGAGGCAGAGGAACAUGAUUAUCUGUACUACUGUCAGGAUAUAGUGACAGUUUGAGCAAAUAUGAUAAAAAGUCAUUUUUUAUAAAAGUUACCUACUGCAGCUUUAAGGUGCUAUGUUCCGCUAAAGAGAGUGCAUCCAAGCCCAGAGGCAGCUUUGUUGUUACUGUGGCAACAGACUGGACCAGGGUCCUCCCUCAGCCUCGGUCCUGCUAUACAUAUACAGCCCUAUACUACCACUGGUGCCAUGCUGAUAUGUAACUAUACUUCUGCCACUUAAAAAAUAUGUAUUUACGCAAUGUACAGACCCAACACAGCCUGCUACCCUAGACUGACUAAUGUAAGAGAGUUACUCCCAACUUUACUGGUGCGACUUUAUCAACACAGCACCGAAAAGCUUGCUGCUUCUUCAUUGUGACCAUCUGAUCCAGCUAACCGCAGCAUCUCCUCACAUGGCUUUCCUUUUGGAGCCACACAAAUCUUUCAAUCAACUUUUUUUUUCACAUAUUCAGUACUGGAAACAUACCAUGUGAAGUAUGCAAAUUUUCAGACGCAGUAGCGUCUGAACACCUGAUUCUACUCCCGUAGACAUCUCAGAUGUGACGGUUCAACGAGGAGUUAAAUGAAAGUACAUCACUGGAGAUGCUGGCCUGAGAAUAGAAGGGCAGUACAAACACGGCACAAACAGUUGAGGAAGCAGGACUGUGGCUGCCGGUGCAAACCGUCUGUGCCAAACUCUCAUCUACACUGUGUAUACACUUGACUGUCGGAGUGUUGUUUACCUGUCGUUACAGUAGUCACAGAGCUGCUGCUGUUCACUGUAUCACACGUAAAGAAUAAAAGAUCAGCAGUUUUUGACAAGCAUCUGUGUCUGACCUGUGAUUUCUGCUCCACUUGGUGACAAACACUGGAAACACAAGGACCUACUGAAAGGCUGGUAAUCUAAAGAACAUGGAGCUAUUGAAGAGAGCAUGGGACUAUUGAAUAACAAGAGCUCCGUUAAAACAGAUCAGUGAGCCACACUGUUCUCUCUGGACAGAGGUGGAAGAACUUCAGUAAAGAUGCCUCUUAAAGCCAUGAUGUUGCUUUUAGCCGUGGUGUGUGUGUGCUGCGUGGAGAAGUGUGUGUGUUUCCCUAACGGCUCAGUGGCGCUCUCCUGUGGCAACAUGAUGCCCAUACACCCGCCCUUCACCCCCUCCACCAGCAGCCCGCCGUUCACACUGUCUACAUCUGGUGGCGCCUACAGGCCCGGUGGAGUCAUCACGGUGACGGUGGAGGUGGUGAAGAACAGCUCCACAGAGUUCCAGGGUUUCUUGUUACAGGCCAGGAGCAGGCAGGGACACGCUCUGCUCUGGCCUGUAGGAAAGUUCACCAACAUCAACACCACCCUGUUUACGGCCGUGCACUGUAAAAACAUGGAGAACUCGAGUGUUAGUCAGGCGUCAAGAGUCAAGAGGAGGAAAGUGCAGCUGACCUGGGAGGCGCCUAGCAACAGUAACUACGGAGAUAUUUACUUCAGUGCCACUCUGGUCCAGGACUACACAACAUUCUGGGUCCAGCUGAACAGCAGCACUCUGAGACUGGACAGCAGUGGAAACUCUGCAGCAGGAGUCUUUUCCUCCUCAACUCUGCUCUUCAUCAGUCUGCUGAGUCUGUCUGCCUACUGCUGACACACACACACACACACACACAAACACACACUAGAAACACCCCACACACACCCCUCCUCCCUAGGGACCAGUCACGUCAUGUCUAUUGAAGGGCUGUCAGUCAAUUAAAAUAUUGA